AUGGAAAAGGACGCAUUGGAAGUUAGGUUGAGGUCAAUCAGACAUUCACUGGGCAAGAGUACUAAGCCUUUACCAGGAAAAUAUAAGAAUACUCUAGGAGAGCGACUUAUUACCAAAUGGAGGUACAAGAAGAAAUCCUAUGAUGAAAGUUCAAUGCUGCCUAAAAAAUGUAAGAAACGUUUGCAAUUGUUUGACGAUCUGGUACAGGAGAGCUCCAAUGAUUUUGUUGGGUUCCGAUUGCACGACCUGCAGGCCUUGUUGGAGAGGACAUGUUCAAUUCAAAAUCAUACAAGGCUCCUGCUCGUUGAAUGGGACGGUCGAUGGGUCAAUCCAUUAACUCUAGCAUCUAAAGGCUGGAAGCCGUAUCGGGGAGAAUCGCAGUCGCAGGUGGCAUUUAAGUGCUGCUGUUGUCACGCCAUUAUGACAAUUUUAUUAUUCAAGAAUGGCGAUGAUGCCGCCGAUUACAGCAUGAAAUUGAAUGAAAAAAUCUGGUACUGCAAUGUAAUUGGUAAUCAUCUUCAAAAGUGUCCAUGGAGGAAAAAUCGGUUUGAUUUAAACAGAGAGUAUUAUUUAAGCCCACAAACCCUUAUAAGAGAAAUUGAGAGAAUUCACGCAGAAAUCGAGAGAAUUGCGUCUGGAUCAAAUGAAUUUAGCCUUAAAAGAAAUUCUUCUCGUAUAUUUCAUUACUUGUCUGAAAAUGAAAUGCAAAAAUUGGCUUUUUUUUUCGAUUGUAAAGAUUACUCUCUUGUGGGUCUGUUGCUUCUUGGCUACACAAAAUUCGAGAAGGAUGAUCUGGUUCAAUGUACGGCUUGCUUUCACCGAGCAUCCCUGAAGAUCUUAGAACAUACGGAAUUUAAUGGACACGCACCAUGGUGUCGGUAUUACAAUAAAGAGUUGUUACCCAAAAUGUUGCUGGAGUUGAUCGACGGGGAGGACAACCUGAUAACAAAAAUGGACGUGGGGGAAAGACUAAAUAAAUUAGAGGCUGUUCUACAAACUUUAUAA